AUGGCCAAAUCCACGGAGAUGGAGCAGCGCUCAGCUGCCAACCGCGAUGUCGAAGAGGCGUACGCAAAGCAAGACAUGGAAUUCGUGGAGAGUGCGGCGGCAGACGCGUCCAACAUAGGCAAUUCUGCUGCCGAGUCGACACGAUUAUCCAAACCACACCGAGAUUAUUUGAUGGAGCGUCAUGGAACAUUUGAUCUCGAUCCAAUUCCUGCGAUGGAUCCCGCGGAUCCUUACAAUUGGCCGGAAUGGAAGCUGACCAGAUGCCUGUACUGGCCGCAGAAAAUUAUGAACUUGAUCUUAGUCGCUUUCCACGCAUGCAUGGGUACAUUUGCAGCGGCCGGUAUCAUCCCAGCAUACUCAAACAUUGUGGAAAUAUAUGGUGUCUCCAAUCAGUCAGCGAGUUAUCUGACUUCCCUGCAAAUUGCCGUCCUCGGAGGCGCACCACUCUUCUGGAAACCUCUCGCACACCGUUUUGGUCGCCGUCCUAUAUUUUUACUGUCAUUAAUUUGCAGUCUCGUUUGCAAUGUGGGAUGUGCGAAGAGUACCACCUACGGAGCGACCGCGGCCUGCAGAGCUCUUUCGGCCUUCUUUAUCGCCCCUGCUUCUGCUAUCGGAAGUGCUGUGGUAAUGGAGACGACUUUUAAGAAGGAUCGUGCUCGCUACAUGGGAAUAUGGACCGUGAUGAUUACUCUCGGGGUUCCUCUUGGGCCAUUUAUUUUUGGAUUCGUCGCUUAUCGGGCUGGCUAUGAGUGGAUUUAUUGGGUUCUGGCCAUGAUCAAUGGAGGCCAGUUCAUUCUUUACCUCUUCUUUGGACCUGAGACUCGCUACGUGAAUAGUGGCGAGUGGAGAGAGGAAUCGACAUUCAAAAGAGAAUAUAUCUCGGUCCGCCGUAUUGAUCCUACACCUUUUACAUUCUUCGAAUUCAUCAAGCCAUUAACCAUGUUCGCCCAUCCUUCCGUCGUUCUGCCCACCUGCGCCUAUGCUAUGGUGUUCCUAUUUGCCAAUAUCUUGGCCACAGUGGAAAUUCCACAGCUGUUGCAAUCAAAAUUUGAUCUCAACACAGAGCAAGUCGGCCUUCAAUUCCUCGGCAUGAUUAUUGGAUCUAUAAUAGGCGAGCAGAUGGGCGGCAGUCUAUCGGAUUACUGGAUGAGAAUGCGCGCCAAGCGGACCCAAGGAAACGCAGAACCGGAGUUCCGGCUCUGGCUGAGCUACUUUGGCUUCGCCCUUUCCUGUGUGGGACUUAUCGUCUUUCUUGUUUGCACGGAGCAAGCCCCGACCGGAACCUGGACUGUCACACCUAUUGUCGGAACCGGUAUUGCUGCUGCAGGAAGUCAAAUGGUUACGACGGUUAUGGUCACUUAUGCGAUUGACACCCACCCGCAGGAGGCAGCAAGCGUGGGUGUUUUCAUCACUUUUGUUCGACAAAUCUGGGGCUUCCUCGGCCCGUUCUGGUUUACUUCGAUGUUCGAAAACGUGGGAGUAGCUGCCAGCUCGGGCAUUGUUUGUGGUAUGAUUGUGGCAGUCAGUGUGAUCCCAACCAUCGUACUCCAAGUAUAUGGCGGAAAAUGGAGACGCAAGAACGAGGAGGUGACCUUCUGA